AUGCGUUUAACACGUGCUCUUUAUUUUUUAUCCUCAAAUGGAUUUUAUGUUCAUGCUAAAAAUAAGACACCAAAUUGGUUGCCAAUUCUUUCUCAAGGUGAAAAACAAAUUGGUUAUUCAUCAUCAUUACGUUCAUUAUUAAGUUUAAAAUAUUUAUUUAAUGAAGAAGUAUCAACAUUAGUAGCCUAUUUAAGAAAAUUAGUAGGUACUGGUCAUCCAUUAUUAAAACUAGCAUCAAAUAUGUUAGAUAGUCCACCAAAAACUGCACACGCACGAUCUGUUCUUCUAUUAUUGAUAUCAAAAGCAGCUGGAAUUCCAUCUUCAACUGAAAUGAAUUCGACAGAUAUUAAACAUGGAUUACAUGAAAAUCAACGUCAUCUAGCAGAAAUUAUUGAAAUGAUUCAUCUUGGAAUGUUGGGACAUAGAGGCAAUUUGGAUGAUAGUUCAACAAUCCAAGAGAAUCGAAGUGAUCUUGAACAAGGAAAUAAACUAGCUGUUUUAGGAGGUGAUUAUUUAUUAUCACAAGCUUGUGGUAGAUUAGCCGAUUUUAAACAGUCAGAAGUCGUAGAAACAAUUGGAACAGCAAUUAAAGAUUGUGUGAAAGCUGAGUUUUAUUUAGACGAAAAGAAGUCGUUACAAACAUUAUCAGAAUGGUACAAAUUAACUGCGUUAUCUGUAGCUAAUUUAGUUGCUUAUGGUUGUCGUGCCUCUUUACAAUUAGUUAAUCAUUCUAAAUUGAUGCAAGACAAUGCCUAUUAUCUAUGUCGUCAUAUUAUUUUUUCUUGUAUGAUGUACAAUGAUAUAUCACAAUAUGCAAUACAAACUUCUACAACUGAUAACACAACAAAUACAACUCCAUUAUCUUCUAGUUCUCUAAUGUUGUAUGGUUUAUCACCUGUUCAAUUAUCCUAUCCUUACUCAAUGGCCAAAGAACUGGAACAACAUGAUCCAUCAAAACCGAUAACAUACACAGAUAAACUAACAUUAGAUAAAUGUCGUGAACAAUGUGUUAGAGAAACAUAUAAAGGAUUUCAAUUAUUAGAAAAAUUUCCUGAUCAAUCAUCACAAGCUGUUGACACAUUACGAACAAUUCUUCAACAAACUCAAGAAGGAGUAAUGAAAACGUAA